AUGGAUUCCAGAACAUUUUCCGUGAAAUUGUGGCCGCCUAGCCAAAGCACCAGACUAAUGCUUGUGGAGAGAAUGAGUAAGAAUCUUACUACCCCAUCCAUUUUGUCCAGAAAGUAUGGUCUUUUAAGUAAAGAGGAAGCUGAAAAGGAUGCUAAGCAGAUAGAGGCUCUUGCUUUUGCUUCUGCAAGUCAACUUUUUGAGAAGGAGCCAGAUGGAGAUGGAAGUUCUGCUGUGCAGCUUUAUGCUAAAGAAUCUAGCAAGCUUAUGAUGGACGUUGUCAGAAGAGGACCUAGAACAAAGGGGGACGAUGAUGCUAUGAUAUCAGAAAAAGCAAAAGUAUCAAAAGAAACUGUAUUUGAUAUCUCUGGAGGUCGCCGUGCUUUUAUUGAUGCAAAUGAAGCUGAGGAGUUACUGAAACCUCUAAUGCAGCCUAACAACAAAUUUACCAAGAUAUGUUUCAGUAACAGAAGUUUUGGCCUAGAUGCAGCCCAUGUUGCUGGGCCUAUAUUGUUAUCUCUCAGAAAUCAACUGACAGAAGUUGAUCUGUCAGAUUUCAUAGCUGGAAGGUCAGAAACAGAAGCUUUAGAAGUGAUGUCCAUAUUUUCAUCUGCUCUGGAAGGCAGUGAACUAAGGUACCUCAAUCUUUCUAACAAUGCAUUGGGUGAAAAAGGGGUCAGGGCAUUUUCUGGGCUUCUUAAGUCACAACAUAACUUGGAGGAGCUCUAUCUGAUGAAUGAUGGUAUCUCAGAGGAAGCUGCACGUGCUGUGUGUGAGCUGAUUCCUUCUACUAAAAAUCUUAAGGUUCUACAAUUUCAUAAUAACAUGACAGGUGAUGAAGGUGCAAUGGCUAUUUCUGAACUUGUAAAGAAUUCUCCUUCGCUGGAGGACUUUCGUUGUUCAUCUACAAGGAUCGAUUCUGAAGGAGGGGUUGCCCUGGCCCAGGCCCUUGGAUCAUGCAACUGUUUGAAAAAGCUUGAUUUACGGGACAAUAUGUUUGGGGUUGAAGCUGGAAUUGCAUUGAGCAAGGUUCUCUCUGGAUUUUCUGAUCUCACUGAAAUUUAUAUUAGCUAUUUGAAUUUGGAAGAUGAAGGAUCCAUGGCUCUGGCAAAUGCUCUGAAGGAAUCUGUUCCAUCGCUUGAAGUUUUGGAAAUGGCCGGAAAUGACAUUAGUUCCAAAGCUGCUCCUGCUUUGGCUGCCUGCGUGUCUGUUAAACAAUUUCUCACCAAACUAAAUUUGGCAGAGAAUGACUUGAAGGAUGAGGGUGCUGUAAUGAUUGCCAAGGCAUUGGAGGAGGGUCAUGGACAAUUGAUUGAAGUUGAUAUGAGUGCUAAUUCAAUAAGACGGGUUGGUGCCAGGUGCUUAGCUCAGGCUGUUGUAAGCAAACCUGGAUUCAAAUUGCUAAACAUAAAUGGAAAUUUCAUAUCUGAAGAAGGUGUGGAUGAGGUCAAUGAUGUAUUUAAGAAUUCUCCUUUACUUUUGGGACCUCUGGAUGAGAAUGAUCCGGAAGGAGAAGACUAUGAUGAAGAGGCUGAAGAGGAAGGUACUGACAAUGAGGACGAAUUGCAUUCCAAGCUCAAGGGCCUUGAAAUUAAGCAGGAUGAAUAG